AUGCGCGGCGCGGGCGGCGGCGGCGGCGCGUCAUUGGCAUCAAUGUUGCACGCAGUGUACGGGUGCGGCGGGCAGCUGGUGUUCCUGGUGGAGCCGCCGGCGCGGCUGUGGUUCAGCAACAGCUCGGGCGCGCGCGUGGCCUGCGCCGCCCACGGGGCGCCGCCCGCGCCGCCGCCCGCCGUCAGCUGGCUCGCCGACGACGGCGCGCCGCUGCACGACGUGCCGGGGCUCAGGGAGGCGCUACCAAACGGCACGCUGUGGCUGUCUCCGUUCUCAGCGGCGCAGUACCGCAGCGACGUGCACGCGGGCGUGUACCGCUGCCGCGCCGCCUCCAGCGCCGGGACCGUGCUCUCCCGGGACAUGCGCGUUCACGCCGUGAUGGACGUAUGGUGGGAGGCGCGCGUAACUGCGCCGGCGGCGGCGGCGGGCGGCGCGGCGCUGCUGGGCUGCGCGCUGCCGCCCGCCGUCGCCGCGCAUGCGCGGGUCAGCGCCUGGUACAAGGAUGGCCAGCUGCUGGCACCUGGGCCCGCCGACGCCGGAGGUCGUUACAUAAUCGGCGGCGGGCGCGGCGACCUGCUGGUGGUGCGCGGCGUACGGCCCGAUGACGUCAGCAGCUUCUCCUGCGAGGUGCAGCACACGCUCACCGGCGAGAAGAAACGCAGCGCGCCCGUCACGAUCAAUGUCUCGCACCCUAGCGGCAGCAUGGCGCCCCGGAUAGUUGCCGUGUCGGAAGAGGAAACCGUGCUGGAGGGUGCAGAUAUACGUCUGGUCUGCUGCGCCAUCGGCAACCCGCCUCCAACAUACAGUUGGUUCCGGCACACGAACGGUCGCCUGAGCCCCGUGUCCAGCAGCAUCCGCGUGUCGGUGUCGGAGCAGGUGCUGGUGAUCCGACGCGCGGCGCCCACUGACGCCGGCGUGUGGACCUGCCGCGCACAUAACCAGCACGGAGAACAACGCAGGGACGCGCGCCUCCUCGUGCGCUCGGCCCUCCUGGUCACUGUACAUCCGCAGCUACAGGUGGCCAAUUCUGGUAGCUCAGUGACAUUCAACUGCUCGGUGUCCGGCGGGGGCGGGGGCGGCGGGGGCGGGGGCGGGGAGCCCCGCGUGCGCUGGCUGCACGACGGCGUGCCGGUGGGCGGCGGGGAGCGCGCGCUGCACGUGCACGGCGUGGCGCGCGCGCACCGCGGCAUGUACCAGUGCUUCGCUGAGCGAGAUCUGGACACCGCGCAGGCGUCGGCUGAAUUGAGGCUUGGAGACACGGCUCCUGAACUGCACUACACAUUCAUUGAGCAGGCGCUGCACCCGGGGCCGGCGCUCGCGCUACACUGCGCCGCCUCGGGCGCGCCGCCGCCGCGGUUCACCUGGCUUAUUGAUAACCAGCCCAUCGAGGAACACAAUACUGCGCAGAGGAGCAUCUCGCACAUGAUGUCUCCGAGCGGCGACGUGGUGAGCUUCCUGAACCUGACGGCGGUGCGGCCUGAGGACGGCGGCCGCUACACCUGCCGCGCGCACAACUCGCGCGGCCACGUCGAGCACUCCACCCGGCUCAAUGUCUACGGUCCUCCGUCGAUCCGCAACAUCGGUCCGGUGCGAGUGGUAGCCGGCGUCAACACCACCAUCUACUGUCCCUACUCCGGAUUUCCAAUCAGUGAAAUUCGUUGGCAACGCGGUGGGAUGGAUGUGAGUUCCACCAGUGGGAGAACAUUGUCAGGGCUUGGUGGAGAACUACUUCUAUGGCCCGCGGAGCAGGCAGAUGCUGGAGUGUAUUCGUGUCGAGUCACCGCUCCUUCGGGACAAUACGCACAAAAAGAUGUACAGAUAUUUGUUAGAAAUCCACCAAAAAUCGCAGGUUUUUCGUUUCCAACGGAUUUGGUUGAAGGCAGUUCGAUUCAAGUUCUUUGUGGUAUUACAUCUGGGGAUAAGCCAGUGUAUUUCUCUUGGCUUAAAGAUGGACAGCACAUACCAUCCAAUUUGCAGGUUCAAGAAAAGUCCCUGGAUGAGUUUAGUUUUCUGAUCUUCUCGCAUGUGACGUCGAAGCACAGUGGCGAGUAUACUUGCGUUGCUAGUAACUCGGCUGCUGAGGUCAACCACACCGCCAGACUCGCUGUUAAAGUGGCACCGUCAUGGGUAUUUGAACCACAAGAUGUGGUAUCAGUAUCGGAGAAAAGAUCCGAGAGCGGAGUCAGUUCGCAACUCAGUAUAGCACACGCAGAAAGGCAAGACUCCGGAGUUUAUCGAUGUCGGGCGGAGAAUGCGUAUGGAAGGGAUGAGCUGCUUAUAUACUUGGCUGUCCAAGAAUUCCCCGAAGCGCCAAGAGGUCUCCACGUAUCAAGAAGAGAAGCGCGAGGAGCAAUCAUCGCAUGGAGACGAGGAUAUGAUGGCAAUGCAAGAGUGCAGGUGUACCGCCUGCAGUACAGGGUCGUAGGAGACAGACAUAGAACAGAACGAGAUGACUGGACGCUUGCACCCACUAGAGAUAUCCCUGCUGAUAGAAUUUACGAGAGGCAGGAGUCUUCAGAACCCGGCUCGGAAGUAACAUUAGAAUAUAGAGUUGAAAGUCUUAGACCAGCUACUGCGUAUGCUUUACGAUUAGCAGCUGUUAACGCCAUUGGAGACAGUGAAUAUUCAGACUCGAUUAUUGUCCAGACUUUGGAAGAAGCACCCUCAGACCCACCACAUAACGUCCAAGUUCAAGCUACUGCUCCCGGGGAACUUCUUAUAAAAUGGCAGGCACCACCACAAGAUUCAUGGAAUGGCGAGCUACUAGGAUACGUUGUGACGUGGAAGGAGGUCGGAGCAAAUGAGAAUACGACGCAAGCACUGACAGCAUCGGGCUGGGGAGCGACGCAAGCGACGCUAGUAGCUCUGCGCACACAUGCGCACUACGAAGUACGCGUGAGAGCUUUCAACGCCGUCGGCGCGGGACCAUCGUGUGCGCCGCUUACUGCUACUACACUUGAAGGAGUGCCUGAAGCACCACCGGACCGUGUCCGCUGUGAACCACUGUCAGCGCAAUCCAUCCGGGUGUGGUGGGAGCCGCCACCGUUAGCCACUCGUGGUGGCGUCCUCUUGGGCUAUGAACUUCUUUAUGAGGCUGUGGACAACUUGGAAGGGCAGGUGGAGACCCGUCGGUCAGGAGGCAUGGAGACGGUCCUGCAGUCAUUACAACGAGCCGCCAACUAUUCUAUAACGAUCCGCGCCAGGACCGCCGCCGGCGCAGGACCCGCCUCCGCUCCCGUCUACUGCACCACGCAUGAAGACAGUGCGCCGGCCGAUAUCAAGGCGCUGGCCAGCUCUGAAGACUCAGUGGUCGUCAGCUGGCUCUCACCAACUCAAAGAAAUGGGAAGAUCAAACACUACAGUGUCUACAACAGACCUCAAAGGACUGGUCAACACGCACAACUGAUGGUGCUGCACAAGGAUGAUGAGGAGGAGUAUCAGAUGGAGGUCCGCGGGCUGCAGGAGCAGCAGGUAUACGAGUUCUGGGUGACAGCUGCUACGUCCUCUGGUGAGGGGGAGAUGAGUGCUGUCGUCGCCAGGAAGCCCAACGCUAGAGCUCCAGCGAAGAUCACCUCGUUCGGGCGUCGUAUUUACGCGGCGAUUGGGCGGCGUGUGCGCAUCCCCUGCGGGGCGGUGGGCGUGCCUGCGCCGUUGCGGUCGUGGAGUCGCCGAAGACCGUCGCCGCCCAUCGUCAGCGACCCGCGGUUCCUGCUUGAAGGACAUCAUCUUGUUAUAUUAAGUCUAGACCGCAGUGUAUCAGACAACUACACGUGCACGGUGCGCAACCCGUGGGGCGAGGAGCGCGCGGUGUGGGAGGUGCGUGCGCGGGCGCCGCCGCCGCCGCCGCAGCUGGCGCUGGCCGGCGCCGGCGCCGCGCGGCUGCACCUCACCUGGCAGGCGGACGCCGACGUGCACGCCACGGGGGCUAACAUACAUUCCUAUACGUUAGAAUACUGCCGAGAGGAUGAAAAGGUGUGCCAGUCAGUGCGGUUGGCCGGCUCUGCGCGUGCGCACAGUCUGGAGCGACUCGCGUGCGGGGCGGCGUAUCGCGUGAGACUCAUAGCGCACAACGCGGUGGGCGCCAGCCCGCCGAGCACUGACCUCAUCGUGUCUACUAAAGGAGGCCGUUCAAAACCAGCAUCAGAGAAGGACCUAAUCUCAACAAACAGCACGUGCGUCCGCCUCAACUUGCUGACGUGGGACAGCAACGGUUGUCCACUGACGCAGUUCCAAGUGUCCAUCCGCGGCAUCGAGGAAUCCGCGUGGCGCAGCCAAACGGUCCCGGCCGCUGCCCAGCCUGUAACGCUGUGUGGCCUCGUAGCUGCCAUGUGGUAUAGGUUGAAGGUUGUUGCUACGAGUGCGGCUGGCACCACGCUUGGGAACUACUACUUUUCUACUCUUACUGAAGACGGAGAACGGAUACCAGCGCCAGCGCAAUUCCCGCCGGACGGCGAGGGCGGCGGUGAACACGCCACGGUCGUGCUGGCGGCCGCUGGCUGCGCGCUGGUGGCAGCCCUACUGCUGCUGGCUGGCCUGGCUUGGAGGAGAAGUCCAUCAAAGUCCUGCCUGCGCGGCGGCUACGUGCAAGGUGACAUGUCUGAGGAGGAAGACAAGUGUGCAGAGCGAGACAACCGCCGCAACACGCAGCAGGUGUACACCUCCUCGCCUAGCAAGCUGCCCGGCAAGAAGGAGCAUCAGGAGAUGUACGAGAUCAGCCCGUACGCCACGUUCAGCAUGUCGGGCGGCGCGGCCCCCCCGGCGGGGCCGGGCACGCUGCGCACGUUCGGCCGCGCCGAGCCCGCGCCGCUGCUGGCGCCCGCCGCCCCCGCCGCGCCGGCGCAUGCGCAGCGCGGGCUGAACGCGCACAAGCACCGCUCGCCCACGCACAGCGAUGAGUACACGUUGUCGCGCGCGAUGACGCUGAUGGUGCGUCGCUCGGAGUCGGACUCGGACUCGAGCGGCUCGCCCUGCGCCGACUGCAGCGCCAGCGUCUCCUACCGGAUGCCACAACACGCCAAAGAGGAGGCGGGCCGCGCGGUGACGGACUCGAGCGCGGAGUCGUCGGCGGGCCGCCCGCCGCCGCGGCCGCACGACACGGCGCGGCGCCGCCCGCGCCGCCACCACGCGCCCGGCGGCGCCAGAUAUAGUAGAGACUUAGAGAGUGCUGAAAAGAAGUUCCCUCAUAAAUCUAAACUCAAUCUUUUUAGUUUGGUACGACGUUACCGCCAUCUAACAGUGAAGUUCAGAAACGCAAUAGUAAAAGAAUGGAAGCAUAUCAACAACGACAGGAGCAGGAAAGGCGAGACUUUACAAUACACGUAUAAAAUGAUUAAGACAAUAAAGACUGCUGAAAGCAAACUUUAG